UUACCACCUCACUACAUAUUACUAUUUUACCAUAUAAAUGUAUAGUAGGCAAAUGGCUUCAUGCAUAAUUUCUUAUUGUUUUCUAUCAGAUGGAAAAGAGAAGCGAUUGGAACCAUUUGUAUAUGACUAUGAGAGUUUGAGGAUCGGGGGUUUGGCGUUUGCUGUGGUGCUGUUUGCUCUGGGAGUGCUCCUUAUUCUCAGCCGCAGAUGCCGCUGCAGUAUCAACCAGAAGACUAGGGCUCCGGGAGAUGAAGAAGCUCAAGCAGAGAACCCCAUGGUCCCCAAGGACAAGGAGACCCCUAAAACAGAGAACUGAAACAAUCUAGUGCUGUUGAACACAUAGCUGUGGCUGAACAACUUCACUGAUGCUGCGGAUGCGGAUGAUGAUGAAGCUGAUUCCAGACCAUGGCUAUGAGAUGAUAGAGAGGAGACAGAGAUUUGUGGGGGGAGGCGACGAUGACUUGGUACUUUAAUGGGCCAGUGUCUUGUACGCAGACCUCUAGUCCUGUCACGUGAACAGUAACCGUAGCCGUCUUUUCGUCUGUGCCCUUUUGCAACAGUCCGUCUUGAGUGAGUUGUUUUAGCAAAACUAGCCACUUUCUGCAGAUCAUUCUUAAUAUUU